GACCUCUGGACUGGACUCGGCCCGGGGAGGGACACCGAUGCGGCACGGAGGCUGGCUCUCACCCACCCGCCCCCACUGGGAACAUCUGCGAGGUCCAGAAUGGGCAGAGAGGAGGAUGCCCAGUGGUGGCUCUUCUACCUCCUGGGGACGGUACUGUUCUGCAGGGCAGGAGGCUCCAUCUACACCCCUCAGAAGUUAUUCGGGGAGGUGACCUCCCCUCUGUACCCCAAGCCUUACCCCAACAACUUCGAGACGACCACUGUCAUCACAGUCCCCACGGGAUACAGAGUGAAGCUCGUCUUCUGGCAGUUUGACCUGGAGCCUUCUGAAGGCUGUUUCUAUGACUAUGUCAAGAUCUCUGCCGAUAAGAGAAGCCUGGGAAGGUUCUGUGGGCAGCUGGAUGCUCCACUGGGCAACCCCCCAGGAAAGAAGGAAUUUCUGUCCCAAGGGAACAAGAUGCUGCUGACCUUCCACACGGACUUCUCCAAUGAGGAGAACGGGACCAUCAUGUUCUACAAAGGCUUCCUGGCCUACUACCACGCCGUGGACCUGGAUGAAUGCGCUCACGGGAGCGACUCGGUUGAGGAGGUCCCCCAGCCCCCGUGCCAGCACCUGUGUCACAACUACAUCGGUGGCUACUUCUGUUCCUGCCGUGCAGGCUAUGAGCUUCAGAAGGACGGGCACUCCUGCCAGCCCGAGUGCAGCAGCGAGCUGUACACAGAGCCGUCCGGCUACGUCUCCAGCCUGGAGUACCCCCAGCCCUACCCCCCCAACCUGCGCUGCAACUACAGCAUCCGGGUGGAGCGCGGCCUCACCCUCCACCUCAAGUUCCUGGAGCCUUUUGAAAUUGAUGACCACCAGCAAGUGCACUGCCCCUAUGACCAGCUCCAGAUCUAUGCCAACGGGAGGAACAUCGGCGAGUUCUGUGGGAAACAAAGACCCUCCGACUUCGAUACCAGCAGCAAUGCCGUGGACCUGCUGUUCUUCACGGAUGAAUCGGGGGACAGCCGGGGCUGGAGACUACACUACACCACUGAAAUCAUCAAGUGCCCCCAGCCCAAGACCCUAGACAAGUUCACCAUCAUCCCGAACCUGCAGCCUCAGUACCAGUUCCGCGACUACUUCCUUGCCACUUGCAAGCCAGGCUACCAGCUUAUGGAGGGGAACCAGGUGCUGCCCUCCUUCACGGCUGUUUGCCAACACGAUGGCACGUGGCAUCGCGCCAUGCCCAGGUGCAAGAUCAAGGACUGUGGGCAGCCCCGAAGCCUGACCAAUGGGGCCUUCCAUUACAUCACCACCAAGGGCGUUAACACCUACGAGGCCCGUAUCCAGUACCGCUGCAAUGAGCCGUAUUAUAAGAUGCAGACCAGAGCUGGUGGCCACGAGUCCGAGCAAGGGGUGUACACCUGCACAGAUCAGGGCAUUUGGAAGAACGAACAGCAGGGACAGAAGGUCCCUCGGUGCUUGCCAGUGUGUGGCAAGCCCGUCCACCCGGUGGAAGAGACUCAGCGCAUCAUCGCAGGGCGAGACGCCCAGCUAGGCAACUUCCCCUGGCAGGCGUUCACCAACAUCUACGGGCGCGGGGGCGGCGCCCUGCUGGGCGACCGCUGGAUCCUCACGGCGGCCCACACCCUCUACCCCAAGGAGUACCAAGCACAAAGCAACGCCACCGUGGAUGUGUUCCUGGGCCACACGAAUGUGGAUGAGAUCAUGAAGCUGGGAAACCACCCUGUCCGCAGGGUCAGCAUCCACCCAGACUACCGCCAGGAUGAGUCCUACAACUUUGAGGGGGACAUCGCCCUGCUGGAGCUGGAAAACAGUGUCACCCUGGGCCCCAACCUCAUGCCCAUUUGCCUCCCCGACAAUGAGACCUUCUACGACAAAGGCCUCAUGGGCUAUGUCAGCGGCUUUGGGAUCAUGAAGGAGAGGCUGGCCGAUAACCUCCGGUUUGUCCGUCUGCCUGUCGCUAACCGAGACGCGUGUGAGAGCUGGCUCCGAAAAAAUAAGAGGUCCGAUGUGUUUUCCGAAAACAUGUUCUGUGCUGGGAGCCCGACCAUGAAGCAGGACGCCUGUCAGGGGGACAGCGGGGGUGUGUUUGCAGUCAAGGACCCCAACAGCGAUCACUGGGUGGCCACGGGCAUCGUAUCCUGGGGCAUUGGGUGCAGCAAGGGCUAUGGCUUCUACACCAAACUACUCAACUAUGUGGACUGGAUCAAGAAGGAGAUGGACGAGGAGGACUGAGCCAGGGACCUGGCAGGGCAGAAUCCGGAGAGCUGUGUGUGAAAACGAGAAGAAACGAUCCAGCCUCUGUUGAUAACCCCUAAGAAUCCACAUUAAAAUCACUGAUGCAGAAAGACAUUGCGUAAAAUAAAUUCUUUUUUCUACA